ACAAGACUUGCUUGGUGGAGGUACCAGAGGGCAAUGGCGCUGGCAGCAGGGCUGGUCCUGGGACUCCACACCCUGAGCAUCCUCCUGAGCCCUCAGGAAACAGGGGCCAUCAUAGCUGACCACAUGGGCUCCUACGGGCCAGCCUUCUACCAGUCUUAUGAUGGCUCGGGCCAAUUCACAUAUGAGUUCGACGGGGAGCAGCUGCUAUCCGUGGACCUGAAGGAGAAGGAGGUUGUAUGGCGCCUGCCGGAGUUUGGCGACGCGGUCCACUUUGACGUACAGGGCGGGCUGACCAGCAUCGCCAUGAUCCAAAUGCAUCUGGACGUCUUGGUGCAGCGCUCCAACCACACGCGCGCCGUCAGCGUGCCUCCGACGGUGACCGUCCUCCCCCAGGCUCCUGUGGAGCUGGGCCGGCCCAACACGCUCAUCUGCAUGGUGGACAACAUCUUCCCCCCGGUCAUCAAGGUCACCUGGCUGCGCAAUGGCCAGACGGUCACCCAGGGUGUGACCCAGACCAGUUUCUACACCCGGCCCGACCACCUGUUCCGCAAGUUCCACUAUCUGAGCUUUGUGCCCUCUGCUGAGGACGUCUAUGACUGCAAGGUGGAGCACUGGGGCCUGGAGCGGCCCCUGCUCACACACUGGGAGCCGCAGGUGCCUACUCCCCUGCCAGACACCACCGAGACCCUGGUCUGUGUGCUGGGCCUCACCCUUGGCCUAGUGGGCUUUCUGCAGGGCACCGUCCUCAUCCUCAUCGCCACACGCAUGUCCAGAGCCCCCAGGUGCAGAGGAUCUGCAAGUCUGCAAUGACCAUUCUGAGAGAAACAAGACUCCCGGAGACCCCUCCCCACCCAAGACAGUCGCUGUCUGAUCUUCAAAGCGCUCCCCCAUGGUGCUGCCUCAGACCGCCGUCUGUAGGUCCCCUCCUUCUGGGUCCCAGCACUCUUGGUGGGUUACUUGUGGGGCACCAGUUGGCUCCUGUUCCCACCCUAACACACACAUUCCUGCUCUGCCAGAAGCUCUGGCUAGCAGCCCAUAUUCUUCCACAGUGUUCCCCCUUUCCUUCUGCUUUCCACCAGCUCUCAGACACUUCCCUCAGGCUGUGGGAGAUGCUGGGAGGCAGUGGAGAGCAUUCUGGGACCUAGGCGAGGAAGGGCUGUGAGGAUUUGGUGUCUGUCUACAUCUGCUUAGAGAGCUCAGUGGAGUCCAGCCUGCCUCUGUGGUGCUGUCUCCUUUAUCUGCAUUUCCUGGAAGCCCACGCAUGACUAAGAAAGGCCUGGGAUUGGGGUGGUGAUGUUCCUCAGUGGGGUUAGUCGCCUCAAGUAGGAGAGUGGUGCCUGGGAGGAGCUUAGGUUAAGAGAGACCCACCCGAGCACAUGAAAUAAGUGGCCUGGAAGCUUCAAUUUUACUGUGAGUGAAAUUAA